AGCCGGUCAUCGCGUCUACCUUCACCAGUGUUAUUACCAUCGAUAACCGCGAUACAUUGCAUACUGUAUAUUAAUAUAAUUACAUUUUCAAUUAUUAACAUAGUCUCCAGUCGAACACUCGAACACUACACUAUGGAUCGAUCGUCGUCAAGUGUCACCAUGAAAGUAUUCGUAAUCGCCGUGUGCGUGUGCGCCGCACUCGCCCGUCCGGAAGACUCGAAAGUGGAAAACAAACCGGCUGCGGUCAAAUCGGAGACCUUGGCCGCACCACUUCCGACGACCAUAGUGAAACGUGCUACUCCUCAGGUCGUCUCAACCCAGCAAGGCGCAUCGCUUCCGAACGUCAGCGAGGACGUACUUGAUAAGGCGCUCAGUGACAGGAGGUUCGUGCUAAGGCAACUCAAGUGUGCUACGGGCGAAGGACCGUGCGACCCCAUUGGUCGAAAAAUUAAAGCUCAUGCACCGCUAGUGUUGAGAGGAAUGUGCGUCAAGUGCUCGCAGUCGGAAAUCAAACAGAUUCAACGUGUCAUGUCACAUAUACAGAAGAAUUAUCCCAAGGAGUACACUAUGAUGCUCAAACAGUACCAGAGCGGAUUCUAAUCACGUCGCGGCACCCAUGCACAAUAUUCCUGUUCAUGACCACCAUCGCCGCCGUUUUUGGCAUAAUUUAUAACAACAACAUUAUAUAUCAUAUUAUUAUAUACAUACAAGUACAACAACCGAAUAUUAAAAUGUAUAAAUGUCGCUCGUCUCGACGUACCUACUAUACGAGCCUAUUUUGCGUACCGUACGGUCGUUGUUCUGAUUAUUAUUUUUAGUAUUACACCUACUUUAGUUUUAUUGUUUUCUUUUUUUUUUUUAUGUAAAUAAACGACUGAACGUAAUUUUAACCUCAUAAAUUGAUUGAUUGUGCUGUUAUCGUGCGAAUUGCGGCCGAUGCCGUUAUUACAAUAAUAAUGUACCUAAUGACAAAC